GACGACGUGCUCCCGUAUUUGCUGCUGAAUAAGGUGAUCCGGUAUUGCAUCAAUCAGGUCAUAAAUAGCAUAGAUAGACGGAUGAACACUCUCAAACCUCUGUAUUUCCUGUCGGAUGGCCAGCGAGUUACUUAGCUGGUCAGUAUGAAUGUUGAUCAUGAAGUCAAAUUACUUAUAGAGGAAAUAAAGCGUCUUGGCACACCCAAUUCAGAUGGAGAUGUGUGUGUGACAUUUGGAACCAUGUUUAACGAUGACAGAUGUGCCAAUAUAUUUGAGGCCUUGGUAGGAACACUCCGUGCUGCAAAAAGGAAGAAGGUUGUAACCUAUGAUGGGGAGCUUCUACUGCAAGGGGUCCACGACAAUGUGUCCAUAAAACUUCUCAAAGACUCCGUAUGAUACUCAUUUCUAGCUUUAAUUCAAGGGACACAAAUAGUUUGAUAGUGCUUUCUAAUUUUUGAAUUUUUUUCAACUCUUAAAGUGCAAUAUAUUUUUGGUAUACGUGUACAAUUAAUAUUUGUAUUAAUAUCAACUUUUUAAAAGUAUUUACUCUGUCAUGCAAAGAGCAAGAUUAAAAUGACCUCAGUUGUAUACAUUAUGUAAUGUGAUAACUUACACAUGUAUUUUUCUAUGAUGCAUUUCUGAAAGAUAUAGCAAAGAAGCUGCAUUUCUGGAUUUUUUUUUUAAUACUUAAUUUUGUGCUUAAGAACUACAAGUGAUAUAAUAAUGCAAAAAAUGAUCACUACUUGUAUUAUUGAUUAAUACUUUUCUAUUUUAUUUCUAAUUACCAAAAUAAAAUAAUGAUAUAAAAAUGUUUGUCUUGUACAUGGAACAUUCAUUGUAAUGUAAAAUGCCUCAUACACAUAGAAGGCCAGAUAAAUUUUUUACCAGU